AUGGAAGGAUAUUUAAAAAAGUGGACGAACCUUUUUUCAAGGUGGCAAGAUCGAUACUUCAUUCUAAACGAAGAUGUUCUUCUCUAUUGUGAUUCUCAAGGAGGGUAGAUUAAAGGGUAGGUGCAUUUGAAGGUUUCCGCUCUGAUUUUAGUACCAGAAGAUCCUUUAAGAAUAAUAAUCAAUACUGGAACAACUGAAAUCCAUUUGAGAGCAAACAAUAUCAAUGAGAAGAUAGAUUGGAUAAAUGCAUUGAAAUCUGCUUAAGACAAGUGUUUGAGUCGAUAAAAUGAAAUAAGGUUUGAGUAAAAGAUACAAGAAUUGCUUACUGAUGUUUGGUAGACUGGAGCUAUAUUCGAUGAAACAUUGAGUAUGUUGAUUCCUAAGUUGGAGAAGAACUCACAAAUUAAGGAGAUGGCUGAUAGAUUAGAAAGCAUAGGGAAAAAUCUAAAAACGAAGAUCACCUUGUGUGCUCAAAUUGUUGAAGAGGAGAAAUAAAAGCUAUAAAAUGUGGAGAAUGGAACUGUGUAUGAGAGUUUUAUCCAUUAAAAUUCAGCAUAAUCAGUAAUGCGAGAAGAACAAUUGAAUUAUUAACAUCAACCACAACAUGGUCAAUCCUCUUUGAUGAGUAUAACUGAGAUUACAUAGCUAAUUAGAGAACAUUAACCUAUUAAAUAUUCGAAUCUCAUUAAUAAUCCUGCUUUUCAGAAAAUUAAAUUUGCUAAUAGUCCUAAACGAGAUCGAUUACCUUAUAGGAAGGACCCAAAUGAAAAAAUAAAUGUGUGGUAUUUGUGUAAGGAAUUGAUUGGAAAGGAUCUAGGUAGAUUUUCAGUGCCAAUUAUUUUGAAUGAGCCAUUGUCAAUGUUAUAAAGAUUAGCUGAGUAGAUGGAAUACUCUGAUUCAUUGGAAGAAGCAGAUAAAAUCGCUGGAGAUAGUGCUUUAAGAAUGUGUUAUAUCAUGGGUUUUGGUGUCUCACCAUAUUCAGCAAAUAUUGGAAGAACAAAGAAACCUUUUAAUCCUAUUCUAGGAGAAACCUAUGAAAUUCAAACUCAAAAUUGUAGGUUUAUUAGUGAAUAGGUAUCUCAUCAUCCUCCUAUUUCUGCAGGAUAUGCAGAAUCUAAAGCAUUUUAAUUCUGGGCUCACACAGAUGUCCAAACAAAGUUUAAUGGCUUAUGUUUCUAAGUGAAUCCUGUUGGAUUAUUUAAUGUCAUUUUGAAAUCAUCAAAUGAUCAUUACCAAUUUAAUAGGUGUACAACUAAAGUUCAGAACAUUUUAUGGGGUUAAUAAUUUUUGGAUCAUAUGGGAUAAAUGAAGUUUGUAAAUCUGACUACUGGUGAUAACGGAGUGUUGGAAUUAAUUGAAAAAUCAGGGAAAUCGGAGUGUGAGAUGAGAGGGUACGUAAAGGAUAAAAAUGGAAUUGAGAAAUAUAAGUUAAAAGGAUUUUGGAAUGAUCGUCUCAUAGCUUAUGAUUCUUAAAGAGAAAUAAUUGUGUGGAAGAGACAUCAAUUACCAUAGGAUUCAGAUUGGUAUUAUAAUUUUACUGAAUUUGCCAUGUAAUUAAAUCAUUUGACAAUUGAUAUGAUAAAAGAAUUACCUUGUACAGAUUGCAGGUUGAGACCAGAUUAAUUGGCAUUUGAAAAUGGUUGGAUUGAUUUGGCUUCAAGUGAGAAACAUAGGUUAGAGGAGAAGCAGAGGGCAAGGAGAAAAGCAAUGGCAGCAGCAAGUUAAGUGCAUGUUCCAAUGUUCUUUGAAGAAAUGAUUGAUCCUAAGACUAAUUUAAAAUGGUAUAAAUAUAAAGGGAAUUACUUUUAAUAAUAAUGGAAAUAAGUAGGAGAAGAAUUGUUGGAUUUAUUUUGA